AUGGCUCCCGGCACACUGCUGGCCACCCACGAGGCCUCCGCCUCAGACGCCGACCUCACUUCCACCGCUCUGAAGCACAAGAUCGACAAGAUCAACGACGGCAGCAGCAGCAGCAAUGGCGCCCCUGCACCUGCCGAGCUGGACGCCUCCAAGCUCAUCUUCACCCGCACCACGGCCCCUCGCGCCGUCCCGGACGAGGCCACGGCCAGCGCCGGCCAGCACACCAUCUGCACCGACCACAUGAUCUCUUGCGCCUGGAACAGCACCACGGGCUGGGCGGCACCCGAGCUGAAGCCCUACGGGCCCAUCUCCCUGAUGCCCACCGCCUCUGUCCUGCACUACGCCACCGAGUGCUUCGAGGGCCUCAAGGCCUACCGCGGCUUCGACGGCAAGCUGCGGCUGUUCCGCCCGGACUGCAACGCCCGGCGCCUCCUGUCGUCCGCUGUGCGCAUCGCCCUGCCGGCGUUCCCCCCCGCCGAGGUGGAGAAGCUCCUGGCCGCCCUCGUCGCCACCGACGGGCCCAAGUGGCUGCCCCGUGACCGCGCGGGCUCCUACCUCUACCUCCGCCCCGUCCUGAUCGGCACCCAGCCCCAUCUCGGCAUAGGCACGCCCACCGAGGCCCUCCUGUACAUCACCGCGAGCUUCAUGACCCGCUUUGACGCCCGGGCCGGCGGGAUCCGGCUGCACACGAACCCCGAGGACACGAUCCGCGCCUGGGUCGGCGGGUUCGGGCACGCCAAGCUCGGCGCCAACUACGGGCCCAGCCUGGUGGCCACGCAGGAGGCGCGGAGGAGAGGGUACGACCAGGUCCUGUGGCUGUACGGGCCCGAAGGGUACUGCACCGAGGCCGGGGCGUCCAACUUCUUCGUCGUGUGGAAGAGCAAGGAGACCGGCAGGCCGCAGAUCGUUACUGCGCCGCUGGACGACAAGCUGAUUUUGGACGGCAUCACGAGGAGGAGCCUGUUGCAGCUCGCGCGGGAGAGGCUCGGCGACGAGGCCGAAGUCGUCGAGAGAAGAUACUCCAUUGACGAGGUGGUGGAGGCAGAUCGCGAGGGAAGACUGAUUGAGUCCUUUGCGGCUGGUACGGCGUUCUUCGUUGCCCCCGUGUCGUUUAUCCACCACAGAGGCAAAGAUAUUGCCAUAAGUAUGGCCGAAGGAAACGGUGGCAAGUACACGUUGAUGCUGAGGAAAUGGAUGCACGACAUUAUGUAUGGAAACGAGAAUCACUCGUGGGGAGUGACCAUCCCAGAGGAGGAAUGAGUGAAGAAAACCGAAGGAAGCAACUUGAAGACAUUCGCAUCGGGCUCAGCGUGCUGUGUCACGCCACUCGUGCUCUAUAAUACUUUAGUAGAAUUGGUCUCUAUGUCGUCAAUUCUAGAAACUCGUUG